AUGGGAAUGCACAGCAACGCUUUCGGUGCUCUGAGCACCCAAACUUCGCACAGUAUCAAGGGCAUCGAAGCCAAAAGCUCCAUCCGUGCUGCACGGCAACCCUCCACCGAAAAUCCAGCAAUUCCCGGAGCAGUGGAAAUCCGGGUGCUCGUGGGCGGCAAGCCAGCUAUCAUCACAUUCCCCCGGCCUCAACCACCCCCGAGUCCUCGCCCACGGCCGCGUCCAGGCCCCGUUGCCCCAGGCCCGCCACCUGGAGUGCCGACCCCGCCGCCCACACCUCGUAGGCCAGCGAAUGGGAUAUCGCUCUCGAAGGAGGAAGGCGACCUCGGCAGCCGGCCUGGGUUCAUCACGUUUCCGCGACCUCAACCGCCACCAAGCCCACGUCCCCGGCCGCGCCCCGGGCCUGUCGCCCCUGGCCCGCCUCCCGGGGUCCCCACACCACCUCCGACGCCUCGGCGAUGA